GCGACCCCCCACCCCGGCGGCGCGGAGGAGCCCCGAGCGCCCUAUGCCCGCGCGCCCCGAGCGCCCCCGCCGCGGCUGCCCGAGCGCACGGAGAGCGCGCGCCCCCGCGGGGCCCGGCUGCAGCUAGCGCCCCUCGCGCCCCCCUCCUCGGAGCGCGCGGCCCCAGGUGAGCGGUGGGCGGCGAGCGGGACGGCAGCGAGGCCAUCGCGGGCCCCCUCCUGGUGCCCGGGCCCGGCGCGCUCAUGGCGGCCAUCCGCAAGAAGCUGGUGGUGGUGGGCGACGGCGCGUGCGGCAAGACGUGCCUGCUGAUCGUCUUCAGUAAGGACGAGUUCCCCGAGGUGUACGUGCCCACCGUCUUCGAGAACUAUGUGGCCGACAUCGAGGUGGACGGCAAGCAGGUGGAGCUGGCCCUGUGGGACACGGCGGGCCAGGAGGACUACGAUCGCCUGCGGCCGCUCUCCUACCCGGACACCGACGUGAUCCUCAUGUGCUUCUCGGUGGACAGCCCGGAUUCGCUGGAGAACAUCCCCGAGAAGUGGGUGCCCGAGGUGAAGCACUUCUGCCCCAACGUGCCCAUCAUCCUGGUGGCCAACAAGAAGGACCUGCGCAGCGACGAGCACGUCCGCACCGAGCUGGCCCGCAUGAAGCAGGAACCCGUGCGCACGGACGACGGCCGCGCCAUGGCCGUGCGCAUCCAAGCCUACGACUACCUCGAGUGCUCGGCCAAGACCAAGGAGGGCGUGCGCGAGGUCUUCGAGACGGCCACGCGCGCCGCGCUGCAGAAGCGGUACGGCUCCCAGAACGGCUGCAUCAACUGCUGCAAGGUGCUAUGAGGGCUGCGCCCGCCGCCCCGCCUGCCCGGAGAAGGGGGUCCCCCCCUCCACCCACCCACACACACACACACACCCCACACACACCCAGCGCGCCCGCCUCCGAGCACCCCACCGGACUGCCUGGCAUCCGCCUUGCCGGCGCGCCCACCGCGAUCUGGCGCCAGGAACCGGCGUGGGAGGCCCCCCGGGCGCGGCCCUCCUUGCAGUCUUGUGCGUCCGGCUGGCUGUGUGGCACAGGCCCGGGGCGCCCCGCCGUGUGCCAAGGGUUCCUCCCCUUCCGAGCACCCCUGUCGGAAGAGCCAAGGCUCUUCGGAGCGUGUGGUUGUGUGUCUGUUCGACCGUUUCUUCCCUCCCCAUCCCUCCACUCCAUCCCUUCCCCGUUUCCACCCCACCCCCCGCCGCCUCUGGUCCCCGGAGACUCAGCCCGGGCGUAGGCCGCGCCCCAUCAGAUGCUCGCCCCGAAACAGCCAGCGCCUGCUAACCCCUUGUCUGUAACAUAGACCGCGGGAACUGCGGGAGGGGAGGGCUGGGGAGGAAGGGGUGUUCUAUAAAUAUAGAGGAAAUUUUAUUUUCGGAGGCAGGACGGUGUUAUUGAAUGGUGGUGGGGGGCCGAGGGACAGGGCUUUUUAGAACCGCUCCGGCCCGGCCUGGGGCAGGCGCCCAUCCAAGCAUGAACACAACUUGGCCAUCUUUUUUCCAAAUCCCCGGGGAAGGCUUUUCGGGGAGGGGCCCCUGACUCUUGAGUGGACACAGUUUCCAGCCCCGCCACCGCGGAGGGUCGGCCAGCCCCGCGACCCCCCCCCCUCAGCCUCCAGGAGGGAGUGCGCGCGCCGGGGUGGUUUUUGCCAUAAGCGAAACCCUGUGCCUGUCCCACCAGUGAAAAUGGUUCAGUCCAAGAAACGGAUGCUGUUUGCUUUAUUUAAAGGCUGAAACUUUUUUUUUUUGUGGGGGAAAGACUUUGCACAAUUGUUUCAUUGUUUGACACUUAAUGCACUUGUCAUUUGCAUAAGACAGUAGCAUUCUGGCCACAUUUGUACGCUGUAACCUCAUCUACUUCUGAUGUUUUUAAAAUAAUGAUCAUGACUUAAAAAAAUGGAAAAAGAAACCACUAAUUGUUUUUGUUUUCUUGAAAACCGUGGAGACACAGUUUUGGCUAUUUUAUUUGUGCAGGUAUGUGCACUAUUUUGAUAAAGGGCAGUAAGAGUAUUAAGACAUAUUUAAAUCCUCCCCCCCUCCACCUUUUUUCCCCUUCCCCAAGGCAAUCUCUGUUCUGUGACAUUUUCUCUGCAUCUCUGUACAGAGAACGAACCUGCCCGUCUCUUUCCCUGCACCCUUCCCCGCCCAGUGGUACUUCUACUAAAUUGUCUUGUUUUUUUCAUUUUUUAAAUAAACUGACAAAUGGCAAAGUGGUGAAGCUUAUGAUGUUUACAUAAAAGUUCUAUAAGCUGUGUAUACAGUUUUUUAUGUAAAAUAUUAAAAGACUAUGAUGAUGACA